ACUCGCGUACAGCUCUAAGCAACCCUGCGAUUCACGCGCACAGCAUUUCAAUCCGGACCUGAAGGGUUCGAGCCGCAGCUGUUCUCUGCUACAGUGCGGGUUCCACGGCGACCCAUGAGAACUUUCAUUUGACUUCAUCAUUUCUUUUUUAUUUUCAGCCAUUUGUCAUUCUUAUUUUUUCAUUCAUCCAAUUAUUGAAUUCUUGCUCAUCUUUUCCAAACUGCCUCAUCCAUUGUGGGAACUCUGGUCAUUUUCCUUAAUUGUCUGAACGGAAUAGCUACCUCGAGACGAGCAUUUGCUUCACGCAUUUGGAAUUGGUACCUGCUUGGCUUGUUAUCCACACCGGGGGGAUUAACUUCCAUGUCUCCACGGACAUCCACAACGGCGGCGACGACACGGGUCGCCUUCCUCUGAGGGGAAUGUACGUUCUUCUCACGGCUGGUUGAUCGGAGAGUGCUCCACUCUGUCAUAUAUUUUACCGAAUGAGAAACUGCCUGCUGUCCGCGGUGCUGCUAUCUCUCACCUCGAGCGGGACUAUUAGAGGAGUAGUUCUUCUCAUCGGGAUGGCUCACUGUUAACCGGGUUCAUAUUAAACAGUGUUUUCCUUUCUCUCCUGGAACGGGGAUAUUUAGUUUGUAUUGUUAUAAUCAGCACUCCCUUUUUUUUUUUUUUUUUUUUUUUCUUUUCUUUUCUUUUACUUUUUUUUUUUUCCUUUUUUUUUUUCAAAGUAGAAAUUCCCUUGAAACGGAAUUUGACCGUAACGGUCAUAACGGACCAUGGGCGACUCUCUGUGGAGGUAUUGCUUUGGAGUUUUAUUCAUCGCGUGCAAGGUGAACCUGUCCCGCGCGCUCAUCCUCGACUCUGUAUACUGGAACACGACGAAUACCAAGUUUGUGCCAGGACAGGGUCUGGUGCUGUACCCACAGAUCGGGGAUAAGAUGGACAUAGUUUGCCCUCGUGUAGAGGGUGGCUCAAUGGAAGGAGUGGAGUAUUAUAAACUCUAUAUGGUUCCCCGGGAACAGCUGGAGUCCUGUACAGUCACAAAGGCGGACACGCCUUUACUCAACUGCGUGAAACCGGACCAGGAUGUCAAAUUCACCCUCAAAUUCCAGGAGUUCAGCCCAAACCUCUGGGGCUUGGAGUUCUUUAGGGGAAAAGACUACUACAUUAUCUCUACAUCUAAUGGAACAAUGGAGGGGCUGGAGAAUCAGGAAGGAGGGGUGUGUAAAACCAAGUCGAUGAAAAUUGUCAUGAAGGUUGGACAAAACCCCUCUGAUCCCAUUUUCCCCAAAGACUACCCCACCAGAUACCCCCCCAAACAUCCCGAAACAGGAGCCAAGGACACCAAAUCGAAUGAAGUACUUGACAAGCAUGAUGCAUCUCAUCACGGAGAAGAAAAAGGAGAAGGAAAUAAAUCCUCCGUCAUCGGCUCAGAGGUUGCUCUGUUUGCCUGCAUCGCAUCAGCCAGCAUCAUCGUCAUCAUUAUCAUCAUCAUGCUGGUUUUCUUCCUGCUGAAGUAUCGAAGACGCCAUCGCAAACACUCACCUCAGCAUGCCACCACGCUGUCACUCAGCACGCUAGCCACGCCCAAACGAGGUGGUGGCAGCGGCAACAACAACGGCUCGGAGCCUAGUGACAUCAUCAUCCCACUGCGGACUGCCGACAGUGUCUUCUGCCCACAUUACGAGAAAGUGAGCGGUGAUUACGGACACCCCGUUUACAUCGUACAGGAAAUGCCACCACAGAGCCCAGCGAAUAUCUAUUAUAAAGUGUGAAAACAGACAUGCUUUAUUUGUGACGUUUUAACUCUAACCCCCACAAGCCCCUCGAUGACCCCCCUGUAGUGCGGGAUUGAGCUCACCCUCAUCCCGCCCCCUCGUGGCUGUCUUAUUUUUUGUUCUUGUUUAUUUUACGAUAUUCCUGAUUAUUUCUCUCAGUAUAGAUGUUGCUGAUGGUGGAGUGAAGCUCCUGAUUUGCUGCUCUUGCACCUGCAAAAACAAAACAAGCAAAAUUGAAGAAAACAGAUAUCCCAUUGGGGGAUUGGCAUGCACUAUAACGGACGUUUAGGAUACUAUAGUGUGUUUAUGAGGGAGUGUUUGUGAAUCAGAUGAGCAGGGGAGAGGGGGGUUGAGAGGGUGGUCAUGAAAAGAGAUUUUAUUUCUCUUUUAUUUCACUACAUCAUUCUCCCUUAAAGACACAACACGCUGAGAUAUUGGGAGAGAAGGAGAUGGAGAAGAGAAGUGAUGUAAGAAUAUGACAAAGCAAGAAGUACGUUGGGCAUGGCUAAUUGGCUGAUCCAUCACAAAAACAGGAAGUGAAUGAAUCAAAUUGGUCACUGCUAAAGGAAGUGGAUUUAUCGAGGAAGCUGUCAUCCACAAUUCAUUCGAUGUUCAGAGCUUACUAUAGGACAUUUGAAUGGACAUAACCUGUUUUCGUGCAUUCACUUGUACUGUUUCAUUUACAUUAAAACACUCCUCAUUUCCCACCUCUUUCUCUUCUACAAAAUGACUUUCACAAUGUUUACUUGAAGUCUUUUUGUAUGGUCAUACGUCUUGCAUUUCUUUCUGUUAUUCCCAGUGCAGUCCACUUGCAAAUUUGUUUGGUAGAAGACUUAAUAGGUAUCAUCAUAGAGAUCCUUUUGUGCUGGUAUAACGUGGUAUGGGAGAUUCAAACACAUUUCAUUUCGUGUAUGUUAGCUGCCAAGGGCUGGAAGAAGGAGAGAGACAGUGCAGGAGAAAAAGAGAGGAAUGUUAGGUGAAAUGAUCAAUAUUUUGGUACAGUUGUUGCUGUCCUGUUAACUGCUGGGAAGGUGGAGGACCCGCAUGAACACUUUAGCAGCACUUUGAAAGCCUCAUCAGCUCGCCCAUGUGGAGUACACACUUAAGUACAACACAUUUACAGUAAAGAAACAGACAGAGACAGCAGGAAACACAUUUUAAAAUAAGGCUUAUUGAGCUGUGGUGAGAUCUGUCAUUUUUGAAGCAAAAUGGCCACCUUCCCCAUGCCCGUUUGCUAGAGAUGCAUGUCACUGCAAAGAUUCCUGUUCCUGAAAUACAAGUAUUUCUGCCAUCACGCAUUCAAACACAUGCUCAUUUACCAGUGGCCAAUGUGGGCCAUUGAUAGUUGAUCUGGUGCCCUCCUUUUUGCUCAAAAGCACAUGGAUGUCAAAAUACAUUGUUAUUAUUAUAAUUGUGAUUUAUUUACUUUUGAAUUAGACACAAAAAAAUGUAAUUAGCAUUGCUUUAUGAAUUUGUUUAGAAGUAGAUCAAAACGGAUGGAAAUAGUUCAAGUAGAAUUUAUUUAUGUUACAUACAGCACCCAAACAGGUAGGCGUAAAACAGCAAGAAUAUGAAUAAUUUAUGGUAAAUCUGAUAAAUUAUGCAAGAUAGAUAGAGUUGUCCUUUUUUGUUAAAAUACAGAUUUCUCCAUUUUGUUAUUUGCUUUUUUCCAUCGAUCCCUACACAAAUAGCUGCCUUUCAACCACAAACACACUCUCACACAAGCGCAUGUGCUUUAUUGCCAGGGAAGGGGCGGGCUAUGGAAGGAGCCAUCUGAGAAAACAGCAUGUUGUGUUUUAAAAUAGCCGAAAGGAAUGAGAUGGAAGGGCCAGAAAUGGCCCAAAGGAAGGGCACAUUUAACGGAGUCCUGACUAAACCAACUUCUCCAGCCUGCCUGUCUCUCUUGAUGAAGCUCAGAUGUGCUCUGGGUUGAAAUUAGGCCUCCUAAUCUGGAUGAAAAGCAGUAGACGUGGGUUAGCAGGCAUACCAGAUGAGAAUGAGUACAGGCUAAAUGUAGUCAAUUGCAUGAAACAAGAUUUUUUAUGCUCAUAUUGUGGGAGGUUUCUGGAGAGAGAAAAAAACACAUUAUGAUUUGUGACUGAUGGAGGUCAUAAGUGGACUUAGUAUCCCACAACUCCCAAAGGAUUUCAGAACUCCCAUAUUCCCUCCAGUCAGUCCUCUCCUAGUGGUUAUGUGUGUUGUUAAUAGUGCAAACCUCUUCCUAAACAAUGCCAGCCUACCAGCCCAUUUUCAUUUAUUUCUUACAUUGACUUCAAAUCUAAAUCGCUUUCAAAAUGUCCACAAAUUGUAUGAGGACAUUUGACUGUGCAUUGCCAUGGUCACACAUUAACUGUUCAUCCAUUUUGUUUUCAUUUGUUCAUGGAGGUUCUUCAAUCUCACCAAGAAGCCAAGACUUGUGUGAUCGGAGCUUUGUGUCUCUGUAAGAGGCCACAAAAUCUGCAAAUAUGCAAUUUUUAUUUAUUUUUAUAACAAUUGAGAAAAAAAGAUGAUAUACGUAACUAUGGAAAGUGUUCUUAACCAUUGAAAUGAGUGAAAAAAUUAAACAAAAAAAUACAGCAUACGAAAAUACAACAACCCCAGUGUGUUAUUAUUAUUAUUUUUUUUUAUUAGUAUUUUGUGCUGUAGGUUCGAGGUAAACUGUGAAAACAUGCACACUUACACACAUAGAAGUCUGAGCAGUUGGUUGAAACUAUAGAAGACACACAUACUAAAAAAAUGACAAACAUGUUGCUGUUUGGUUGCUGUCCCAUGUGGGCUAAAUAUGACAAUCUCCUUAGUUUCUUUGAAUCUGAAGACACCUUCCCAGCGAGCAGGUUGCAAACUUUCCAGUAACAUUGUAGGAAUGAUAGGACUUAACUAGUAGCUAAAGAUGUUGCACCAAUGUUGACGGAAUGUUUGUGAAACUCUGAGGGAAAUGUCUUCAGGCCACUGUAAAAUGCCUUGCUUGUAUGGUCACCCUGAGUUUACGAGACUCUAAUUUUUGCACCGUACAUCUGUAUGUAAGAGGCUGUAAAUACGUUAUUGUUUCUAUUGUAUAUGGAUCCCUGGUCUUUACGAUAGCCUUAUUCUCACAUUUCUAGCAAAUAAAAAGAUAUGAAAAAAAAAAAAAAACACACAAAAAAAAACAUGAAUCACUUCAGUUUAAAGAGAACAUACUAAUUUUUUUUUUGGUAAAUAACUUGUGUAAAUAUUGACAACGAACCCAAUAAAUUGUUUUUUAUAAACUCUUAAAGUAAGAUGUUUUGUAUAGAAUUUGAAUUUUUUGCUAUGUAUUUUAGCUAGCACUCGUCAGAACCCUCCCACUCAACCCUUUUGCACUGUUCCCAUGGUGAUCUGGUUUAAAAAUGAAAAAGAGAUAAGAGAAUUGCCAAACUGACUGCUUGCUGCAUAUUUGUGCCAUACAUGUGUACCAUAGAUAUUUAUUUAAUUAGUUUUUUGUUUCUACCCAGUUUGUACGCAAAUUCAGUAUUAUCAUUUGAGUUUUUCCAACUUCUCAGUUUCCUGUUGUUAUUUUUUUUCUGUUGCUGUCUUUUCCCGGUGGCAGACACACCCACCCUUCUCUCGCAGUGAGAUCUGGUCAGGACGUGCGACAUUAUAAAAGUCAUAGAAAUGAAAUGGCACACAUUCCACCAGUCUGUUACAAACUGAAAAUGUUUUUCAAUAAAAUGUUUUUCCUGUGGAA